UCGACGCAAGCAUAGAAAUUUCCCGAAUACGAGAUGCCAUCGGUGACAUGGGGUGUGAUUCAAGGUCGCAAGGAGAAGCUGGUAUCGCGGGUCAUCGUAUUCGACUUCCUCAGGGGUUUGGGAAUCGUCCCUGACGAGUUGCAGGACCUUAAGCUACCUUCGACAGUUGAAGUCAUAAGGGAGCGCGUGGAGUUCCUCCAGAAACUAGGGAUAACAAUUGAUGACAUCAAUGAUUACCCUUUGAUGUUGGGAUGCAGUGUGAGGAAGAACAUGAUUCCUAUUUUGGGGUACUUGGAAAAAAUUGGGAUUUCAAGAUCCAAACUUGGGGGAUUCAUUAAGAGCUACCCGCAGGUAUUGCAUGCUAGUGUGAUUGUUGAACUUGUCCCUGUUGUGAAGUUCCUUAGGGGACUUGAUGUGGAGAGGGAGGAUAUUGGGUAUGUGUUGCAGAAGUACCCUAAACUUCUAGGGUUCAAGCUUGAGGGUACUAUGAGUACAUCAGUGGCUUAUCUUGUUAAUAUUGGGGUUAAUCCUAGGGAUAUUGGUCCCAUGGUGACUCAGUAUCCUUAUUUUUUGGGGAUGAGAGUUGGGACUGUGAUCAAGCCUUUUAUUGAUUACUUAGUCUCUUUGGGACUGCCAAAGAAGAUUUUGGCUAAGAUGUUGGAGAAGAGGGCCUAUUUGCUUGGAUAUGAUCUUGAAGAGACUAUCAAGCCAAAUGUGGAUUGUUUGAUUAGCUUUGGGAUAGGGAGGGAGUGUUUGCCUUCGGUUAUUGCACAGUAUCCUCAGAUUCUUGGAUUGCCCCUCAAGACCAAGUUGUCUUCGCAGCAGUACUUCUUCAGUUUAAAGCUUAAGAUUGAUCCUGAAGAUUUUGCGUGAGUCGUGGAGAAGAUGCCGCAGGUGGUUAGCCUUCACCAAAACGUGAUCAUGAAGCUGGUCGAGUUCCUCCUCGGAAGGGCUAUAGCACCGCAUGAUGUGGCUAGCAUGGUGGUCAGGUGUCCGCAGUUAGUAGCACUGAGAGUGGAGCUCAUGAAGAACAGUUUUUACUUCUUUAAGAGUGAGAUGGGAAGACCACUGAAAGAGCUUGUAGAGUUCCCUGAAUACUUUACUUACAGUCUGGAGUCUAGGGUCAAACCAAGAUACCAAAGGCUAAAGAGCAAGGGGAUAAGGUGUUCAUUGAAUUGGAUGCUGAAUUGUAGUGACCAGAGAUUUGAAGAGAGGUUGCAGGGUAAUUAUAUUGAGACUGAAAGUAUAGGUCCGACAUUUUUAAUGGGUGGGAAAUUGAACCUGCCAGGGAAUGCAAUUCUUUCAGAUGAGGAAGAGGAGAGUGAUGAUGAAGUACUAUACCGAAGAACUGUUUCUUUAUAGAACAAUUUUUCGUUCUUUUUUUUCCCCGGUUA